UCGUCAUCGCCCGAACACUGUCUUUUUAUGACAAAUUUGGGCUAAAAUAUUAACUUUUAGUCCGUUUUGCGUCCAAUAGUUAAGCCUUAAAAAUGGCGUUUUGCCGUGUGGUGUUCCCGUUGCUAGUUCUAAGUAUAGUAAGUUGUUCCGCAUCGUUCGUCCCUGUGUACAUUUGGGGUGAUCUGGCUAAGUAUUCGGGUCCCUUGGAUUCCGUCAGCCAGUUGUCGUCAUCUGAGUUUCGCCAGAUCUUGAAGCAUGAGGUUUCGGCCGACACUGACACUGUAGUUUUCGUCGAGGAUACGCUUUCCGUCGAAGAUUUUUCAUUGAAAAACAGCGAUGGCGAGUCCAUUUUCUCUUACCUGCACUCGACUGUCGCUGACGCUAUUUACUUGUCUUCAGUCAGCAAUACGUUGAAGGCUAUCGACCAGAUCGCGGACCCGUCAGAGACAGAUCACAUUAAACUUACUGAAAAUGGUUUAUCGGAAGAGAUUUCACCGAACAGCGAUGGAAAAGGCAGGUUCGUGGUGAUCAGGCUUGUAGAUGCUCGCGAAGGGGAAUCCAGGGCUGAGAUGCUCGAACGCCAUGACCAGUUCAUCCAGGAGACCGUUACGAAGAUGCAAAAGGAGAAUGCCAAGGUAGUUGCUGUGUACACUGCUGAAUAUCCCUCAUACACCAUCCCUAAGACAUACUCGAGGACCCGUCGUGCUGCUGAGGCUAACCCCAUGACAUACGGAGUCAGCGGUCUCCGCUUGUACGCCGCCAGCAUUGAAUUGAAGGAUGGAAACACCACUACUCCUCUAUCUGUCCUGUCAGCAACUAGCUCUGAGUUCAACGGCACCACUCAGAACACCACUUUGACUUUUGACACCACUUCUCUAGUAUUGAACUUCAACAAGAAGGGUGGAUACUGGUUCUUUGACUCGGUAACCUUGAAUGUGGGAGCUGUCUCUGAGGAGCUGCACCCCAAUGAUGAGGUGUUCGCUAUCCUGGACUUCUCCUACCGCUGUCAGCAGCACAUUAGCUUCUCCACUGUGAACGAGACCCGGGCAUACACCUUGAGCUUCAAUGACUUGAAGAUCCAGCCAUUCUUCACAGAGACCAACACCACCCAGCAAUUUGGUGACUCCUUCAACUGCGUAGGAUUCUUCUCCGCACCCAUCUGGGCUGGUCUCCUCGUAGUCUUCAUACUCCUUCUGAUAACCUUCUACGGCAUCAUGAUGAUGCUGGACAUCAGAACCAUGGACCGGUUUGAUGACCCCAAGGGCAAGACUAUUACAAUUAAUUCUGAGUAAUUUAUUAAUUAAGAAAAUGGUGUUUUAGUAUAUUUUUGUGAGAGAUUUUUUUAGACACCCUGUAUAUGUUUCACUUCUGGUUUGAUAUAUUUUCAUUUAUAGGGAAGCAAUCAGAGAUUUUUAGUAUAUUUUUUAUUUGGUAUUGAUCUAGUAAUUUUGUAAUUCUGUCUAUUUUAGCAUUAAGAAUAUUUUUUUUAUGUCUAUCCAAACCCAAUAGAACUUGGGUUUGGUAAGACUAAUACCUUUUUUUUUUUCAUUUUUUGACAUUUUCUUUUUGAUUUUCAUCUCUCACUGAAUACCUAUACUAAAACAUCAUUGUCUAUACAAAAACGUUUAAAAACGUUAAUGGUGCCGUAGUAAUGACAGUUCAUGUUCUGAGCUCAAAUCCACUCCAAAACUAUUUAUUGUAUUAUAGUCGAUUAGCCAGUAACAGCAAGAAGUUUACACGUCACGGUUAUAUAGCUGAAGCAUACUGCUGUUGCGUGGCGUGAUGUUACGUCAGGAGGAUGUCACGUCUGGCCUAAGGGCGGUUUUAAUUGUAUCCAAGUUGUUGAUUAAUCGAUUAAGAAAGUAAAAUGUUUCCGCCUUAAAUGUAUGAAAAAAAUUGACCAUUGUAGCUUAGUUGGUAAAGCGACUGGUUUGCUCAACUAGUGUCACAGGUGCAAGUCCUAUCCGAGAUGUUUUUUCAAUUACUUUACAAUCAAUGGAUUUAAAGGUCGUGUUGUAUCAAAUGGCGUGCUUAAUUGACAUCUGACGCGUCACGUUACGCCACGAAACAUAAGUAUGUUUCAACUUCAAAAUGUGUGUUCACUUUUUGCUCUGUCACGUAUAAAUGACAAAGGCGUUCGAAGGGAUAAAUAAGAGAUGUUUUCGAAGUAUUUAAUACGAUUAGAUGAACGGUGCCUCCAGCCUAGACAAUAGCAACAAGACUUUUUCAAAAUUAGUCGAUUUUCGAAAACCGACUAUUCUACGACACGAAAUUUUAAAAUCGACUAAUUUGUAUUCGAUGUUCAAAACGCUAAUAUUAUACUCUUACCGCGUAUUUGCUUAUAAAAAUCGCUUCUAUGUAUAUUAAAUGUAGAUAUAAAAAUAAGUGUGUAUGAACCAUUAAUGUGCCUACAAAAAAAAAGAAAAUAGCAAAUGGGUGAUGUAUAUAUUUAUAUAUACUUAGAGAGUUCAUCCAUUAGAUGUACAAAGCUUCACCUUUCUGUUGCAGUCGGGUAAAAACGGCUUAUUAAAAAAACAUGCACUAAGGAAUUUAAUAAUUACGCCGAAAUGUCACAACAUUCAAAUCACAAGCACAAAAAAAUGUGAAUAAAAAUAAACUUGUCUAUUGCAUGAACUCUUUAAGCUAUGAACUAUUAGCCUAUGAACCAUGGCCUUAUACCAGUAAAUGCAAGUUAACCUCCAUGUGGACAACGAUAAUAAUAAUCCGAGCUUCUUGAAUUAAUCGCAUAGUUUAUUAGAAUAAGAGCCGGGCUUUUGACAAGUAUCUUUUUUAAAUCUCAUCUGACAGAUGUGAUUUUGGGUAUUA